CUCAGAUUAAUAAUUUAACAUAUCCAAUCUUCCCUAUCCAUCUUAAAAUCUUGAAGCCAUAUCCACGAAAUGUACACCGUACAAUUCCAUCAUGGCUUCAAAUGAGACAACAACGCCAAUGCCACCUUGGGCCAGGCGUCUCCACCGCCCCCAGAAUGCAGAAUCUAAAGCCAUGGGUCGAGAGGAUGCAUCGGGGGCGCUACCAGACUCACCAGCCAAGACAGUGCCACAGCCAGCACAAGGGGUAUGGCCUGAGACUUCAUCAGAGGCAGCCCCAGCAGCAUUGCCAGAUAUAUCACAAGCGGGGCUAUCAGAGACGUCACUGGAGGAAAUAUCGCCAAACCCAGCUCCACGAAGGCCACGACCUGGAGUACGCUCCGUAAGGUUCUGGAAGAAACUGAUCCAUGAUAGACUCGAAAUAAAGGAAAAUGAGCACGUAGUUCACGGGCGGUUUGAUCCUUAUUCAUUCUUUAGCAAAAGGCGUAAAAAAAUGGAUGAGUUCUAUUCCGGCCACAAAAUCCACCCCACCCAAAUCCACGUCAACCAUAAUUUUGCCCGUUGGGCGAUCGAGGAAGCUUUACGGGAGUACCUUCCUGACAGCCGAUUUGAAGUAACUGGUGCGCUUAUGCGAGACCAUUCUAUGGUUGUGGGAAAGGGCAAGCGAGAAGUCCCGAAAGAAGUUUCGGAAGCCGUCCGAGCUAGCGGACAAGAAGAGAUCGAUGCAGAGAACGCAAACGAGUGCAAAGGGUCUAAUGAUGUCGACGACGAGAUUGUCCAAGACGUUGGCGCUAUCGCGCAGUCAAUUAUCGCAGCCUCACCCAAUAGUCUUGGCCCCCCUAUUGAAGCAUGUGCUUCGUACCUUCAGAUGAAGAAAUGCGGCACAUAUGGCCGCAACAAGAUGACAAUGUGGGAAUCACCUCUAUUCCCCACUCUCGACGGUAAGGAUGGACAUAAGGGGCUCCUAGAUAAUCAAAUCACGGCAAUAGUUUGGAUCAUGUCGAGAUUCUUAGGGAGGCUUCCACCACUGAAGAUAAAACGCAAGAGUCUAUGGGACGAAAAAACCCAGAAGUACAUCCAAAAACCCGAAACACAGCUUGAGAAAGAAACUCGGGAGAAGCUGCGUGGCCCAAAAUACUUCGGUGGAAUCCUUGCCGAUUCGAUGGGCCUUGGGAAGACACUGACAACAAUUGCGUGCCUCGAUAUAUUAGCCAAUCAGAGACUUAACGUGGCGAAGGAGGGCGGCCAGAAUAAGUACCGUCCUAUGUUGAUUCUGACCCCGAAUGCCACCGUUGCCACGCAAUGGGUCGAAGAGAUCGAGCAAAUCGCUGGUCACCGCGGCAUCAAGCAGAUCCUCAUUUCAGGGAAUGGUGUCAAAAGCAAGCCGAACCACGAAAGAGUCACCGCUCUAAGUGCGAGAGAAAUGGGCUCCAAAUGGCCUCGUUCACUAAAGUAUGUCUGGGACGAAAGCGAUUGGAAAGCAGCGAGGGUAAUAAUGGUCAUGUCAAUUGAUACAUGGGCUAAAAGAACUUGCAGAAGCGAGGGAGAUACCGAAGCAGAUCUCAAUUGGAGAUCCAGCUUCACCGACAGCAAGCGCAAAUUCUCAGUGAUUGUUGUUGAUGAGGCUUACAAGAUCAGAAACUCCUCAACGAAGAACUGGAAAUCGGUGGCGCUACUGGAUCGUCAAUUCACCCUCUUGAUCACCGCAACACCGUGUAUGAACCUUCUAACAGAUCUUCUCGGGCCUGUUAGACUCCUCUGGCAAAGCCCCGAGAAGUACCUUCAGGACGAGAAGCAAGCCAAGAAAUUGAAGGAGAUCGAGUGUACGUUUAGCCUACCACAGGACUUGCAAAAGCUAGAUGGCGUAAAUCCUUGUGACGACCUUCAGCUCGUUGCUGGCAGGCCAUCCUUAAUAGCCCAGCUGAUCUGCAGAUUCAGAUCAAGCACCCAGGUCGACAUACAGGAAACACGCAAGUUCCUGAAGUACUUCGAGUCGCUAGCAAUCUUACGAAGAGCGCCUAGCUCACAUCUUUACUUGGACUGGGAAAAGGCUAGGCUAAUAUCAUUGGAGGGCCUACUACCCCACGUUGACAACCAUACAGUCAACAUACGACUCGACUACGCUUUAGAGAAAGCCUACCAAGAAGCUCAUAUAGACCUGUUUAUGGAUUACAUGGAAAGUGUCAAUAAAUGGGAGAGAACUGGGGGGGAUGGCCCAGUAAUGAAGUCGAUCUUCACCAUCCAUCGCCAAUUCCAGAUGGCAGCCGCGUCACUUGACGUAUAUAGACUCGAUAGAUUAUUAUCGAUGAAUAAGUUCAGCACUAAGGUCGAGCACAUCAAUAUUAUGCGCGGGGCGAACGUCACCUUUUUGCGCCUAGCAGCGUUCUUAGUUGAACAGCAAGAUCCAGAGCCCCAAACAGCCCUAGACUACGUCAAAUUAGCAGUGCGCAAAUCACCCAUACUACGAUAUAUCCUACACUACGUCAAAGAAAAUGUUAUUAAUAGGAAGCCCGGCGAAAAGAUCAAGAAACUCUUGAUUACAGAAGCAAGUCCGAUGCUAGCAUAUUACUACGAACUAGUUCUCCAAUUCCUCCUUAUUCACUGUCGCACCCUACACUCUGGUUUAACACCGGAACAACGUAGAGAGCUGAUAGCAAGUUUCAAUGAUGAUUCGGAUGAGUCCUGCCAGGUUAUGAUACAGAUGUAUACGGUUGGCUUCGCUGGCUCGAAUCUCCACAAAAGUUGCUCACAAGUACUUGUCGCAUCUCAAGCAUCCAGUCUUGCAGUUCAAUGGCAAGCCGUGCAUCGAGUUAUCAGAGUCGGCCAAGAAUCCGAUGUCAAGGUCUACCGACUCAAGGUAGAAAAUUCGUACCACUCGUUCCGUGAGAGUCGACAAAUUGACAAAAUCCUACCAGAGCUGGGCACUCGCGCACAAGGAAAUAUGAAUGAUAUUCUGGUCAAACUACUCAACCUCUUCCAAUUUGAGAUUGAUGAAUUAUGGAAGACUAAAGAAGCUCGAGAACUCAUGGAAGACAUGGACAUGCUUAGCGAACUUAUCAAGGCACAAGAAGACGAGGGCGAGGAUGAGGGCGAAGGCGAGCCUUCCCCCAAGCGAAUCAAACAAGAGGAUGAUGACACAGUUAUCGAACCUGAGCUAAGUAAUCGCGAACCUUCUGCAGACCCAGAAGAUUCCGGACCCGAGUUCGACUCUAACUCUAAUUCUGAUUCCGACUCAGACUCAGACGAAUUCCACGAUUGCCUGUCUGAAAUUGAGGAUGAGUAUGCUGUCUCAGGAAAGCGCAAGAGGGGAGAGGAAGAAGUCUCCUCCCUCCCAGUGCAAGCCGACACCGCCAAAAUCUUCGAGCGUGACAUCUACAACUUCCUCAAGCUCCAGACACGUAGCAAGUACUACAGUGAAUUCAAAGAAUUUCCAAGGGAGAUAAAGAGUUUCUUCUGCCAUAGAAAAAACAACAUCAGGAGACUGCUGUCUUUUGGAAACAAGCAUAACAAGAAUGCCACCCCGCGUGUCUGGAGGUUGAAAGAUCUCGACGACUCCGCCGUCCUCGAAAGGGCUAUGGAAUUAAUGCUACGAGUCAGACUUGGGGCAAGUAAUAUUGAGAUGCUACCGCUACCGCAUAUCAACCUUUCGCUAGCUCCGAAGGAGAAGCAGAAGAAGCUCGCGGGUUUACUCGCCGAAACCAAGGUCACAGAACAGGAUGUUGACAAUGCUCGCGAGAUGGUGGGCGCGGGAUUGAAACGGCGGGGAGAAAAGUUAUCUUACAAUCCUAUCAAGGAUAUUAUAGAUAAUAUGUCUUUAGAGGAGAUUGACGAAAUGCUCAACGCCGAUAUAACGAAUGGGCGAACGGAAGCAAUAGCUGCGCAAGGACGCAUAAGGAAUAAGCGUAGAGACGCAAAACCUAGGAACAAUAGAGCAAGCCGAUGGAAGGCGUUUAAGGAGGAAGAAGAUGUAGAUGAGGAUGAAGAAGGUGGUUUUGGGCUUGAGGACGAAAGUGGAGACGAAGACGACGCCAAUGACGAGGAUGGUAAUGAUGAGAAUUGGGCCUCGGUACAAUCUUCCGAUCAUCUCAACGCCGAGUCUACUGCAUCUAGUCGACAUAGGGAAAUAACUGGGAUGUGCGGUGCCAGCAAAAUUUUCAAGGGCAAAUCCAAACCGCCCUUCUACUCUUAG